ACUGGCUCCCAGCUGAGGCCCCUGGGCUCACCGCUGGUCUGUCCUUUCCAUUGCCAGGAGGCCCAUAAGCAGUACAAGCAGAAGCUCGAAGAACUAACCAAGCUGCAGGAUGGGAUCUCCAGUUCCAUUGCACGGCAGAAGAAGCAGCUGAAGGAGCUGUCUCUCGCCUUCAAAAACUGCAAGUCCGCGAUAACCGCCGAACAGGAAGAGUCCAUCCGGGAGAUCCAGAGCCUCAUCAAAGAGAGGCAGAGCAUCUUCUUUGAAAUGGAGGCGUAUUUGCCAAAGAAGAAUGGGUUGUACCUGAGUCUGGUGCUUGGGAACGUGAAUGUGACUCUACUCAGCAAGCAGGCUAAGUUUGCUUAUAAAGAUGAGUACGAGAAGUUCAAGCUCUACCUCACCAUCAUCCUGCUCAUCAUCUCCUUCUCCUGCAGGUUCCUUCUCAACUCCAGGGUGACGGACGCCGUCUUUAACUUCCUGCUGGUCUGGUACUACUGCACCCUGACCAUCCGCGAGUGCAUCCUCAUCACCAACGGGUCCAGAAUCAAAGGCUGGUGGGUUUUCCAUCACUACGUCUCUACCUUCCUCUCGGGCGUCAUGCUGACUUGGCCGGACGGGCUCAUGUACCAGAUGUUCCGAAACCAGUUCCUCUCCUUCUCCAUGUAUCAGAGCUUUGUGCAGUUCCUCCAGUAUUACUAUCAGAGCGGGUGCCUGUACCGGCUGAGGGCGCUGGGCGAGAGGCACAACAUGGAUCUCACCGUGGAGGGCUUCCAGUCGUGGAUGUGGAGGGGCCUCACUUUCUUGCUGCCAUUCCUCUUCUUUGGCCAGUUCUGGCAGCUUUACAACGCGGUCACCCUCUUCCAGCUGGCCAGACAUCCGCAGUGCAAGGAAUGGCAGGUUCUCAUGUGCGGGUUCCCCUUCUUGGUGCUCUUCGUGGGGAACUUCACCACCACCCUGCGGGUCGUCCAGCAGAAAUUCCAGAACCAGAACCAAGACGCUAAGGCCGAGUGAGAAGAGGAGCUGAUGCUGAGACCGGGGGGGGGCUCUCCACCGCCUCCCCCCCCCCCCCCCCCCCCCGCCUGUCUCCUAGCCACACUCCAGACUUUGCCAUCCAACUCUCCUCCUCGCCCCUUGAACCUGUGCCCGUUCCUCAGGGGCAGGCCCACUGGGACUGUCCAGGGAACCUCGGGGGAAUGUAUGUGAUCCAGUAAACCAAGCUGCUGAAGUCCGAGGCUCCCUCACCAUCCCAGCCCCGGGACACGCUGCCUUUGGCUGGAGCCGCUAUGGGCCUGCUGCGAUGCAGGAGGAUGGAAGCGAUCUCCACAGAGGGUACCGUGGCCAGCCAGGCAGUCGUUAUCCCAUUCUACCCCCCAGGGCCUUCCCCUCCCUUUGCUCUAGAAGUGGGGUGUCUAGGGCAGCUACUCAGAUGUUAAUGUGACCCCUUUCUUGGGGGUCAGGCCAAAGCACUACCAUGAACACCAUCUAGCUCCAAGCAACCAGAGACCUGAAGUGCCCAUGACAGCUGGUGGAGCCAAGCCUCUUCCCUGCACCCUGCAGUGGGGCCAGCCGGGCCUGAGGGGGAGGGAGCAGCCCCCAGCCCUGGGCUUAUUCCAAGCUCCCCUCCCUGUGGACAGUGCUGCUGAGACACACGGGGCGAACAGCUCGGCACCUCCCGCUUAGGGAACCAGCCCCAUUGCAUGGAAACAGGCUCCUUGCUUAUUAUUGGCUGAGUCCCCAGUGGAAGCGCUCCAGCUGGGAGCACGGCUCUCCCAGCCCCCUCAUGGGCCCGGAGUCCCAAGGCCGGGCUCUGGUGCAGAUCUCCUUCUAGCGAUGGGAAAUGCAUGCUUCAGACGUGUCCUGGCCUCUUUACUACAGUGGUCUGCACCCUGGGGCCGCUCCGCAUCCUCUCUGCUCCAGCGGGAUGCUUUAAGGGGACGCUGGAGCAUGAUCUGGGAACUGGGGCAGCCUAAUGGCCCAGCCCCCCCACCCCCGCCAUCAAUUCAUUGGGCAGCAGAAGCAGAGUGAGGGAAGAGGAUGCCAAAAACCAUAAAGGAAGCAGUGUGUGUAGCUGGUGCUAGAAAGUAGCAUGGGGCCCUGAGCUGCCGAGGGCAGGUGGUCUGGCUGGAGCAGCUGUGCUUGCCUGGCUUGUGAGCUGCUGGGGGAAGUCUGAGCAGGUACCCAGCUUUGGUGCAGGGAAGAUGGGUUGUGGAGGGGGCUGUCCUACCUGUAUUAAUGUCUGUGCCUCUUUGACAGGAAGCUCAUCCAAAAUAAAGGGAAGAAGGGGCAAUCCCUUCCCAUGACAGAGCC